AUGAAAUAUAUCGCGGACGAGCUAAAGCCCAUGUGUGCUAAGGUCUCCACCAUUCUUGGUCUAGAGUUAUUGAGCUCUAGCCAUGACAUUGGUAAUGUUGCCUCUACAAGUAGACCCAUAACCACUUCACAAUCUUUAGAGCCUAGAUUGCAUGGGAGGGAAUGUCAGCAGAACGAUAUUGUCCGGGAAAUUAUAAUGGGUGGAGAUCUCACCAUUAUUCCUAUAGUUGGUCCAGGAGGCAUAGGAAAGACAACUCUCACUCAGUACAUAUACAACAGCAAAGAAGUGCAAGAUCAUUUCAAAAUAAGAGUUUGGGUGUGUGUAUCUACCGACUUUAGUGUGUAUAGGUUGACACAAGAGAUUGUGCGCUCCAUCCCUAAAGCAGAAGGCGAACAAAAUGAUAGAGAAAGUAAUGAGUUACAAAACUUGGACCAACUUCAGAAAUUAAUUGAAAAAAGGCUGAAAAAUAAAAGAUUUUUAGUAGUUUUGGAUGAUAUAUGGAAAUAUGGUAAUGAAGAUGAGUGGAAAAGAUUCUUAGUUCCCUUUAAAAAACAGAAAGGAAACGGUGAUACAGUUCUAGUCACAACCAGAUUCCUUGAAGUAGCUAAAAUGGUUAAGACAGGAGAUAAAUUGUUUGAACUAGAAGGUUUGAAACCGGAAGAACAUUGGAGCCUUUUCCUAGCAUCUGUGGUUGAUAAAAUUGAUCAUGAUUUGGACUUAAUUAAAAUCGGGAAAAAGAUUGUAGAAAAAUUGAAGGGCUCUCCCCUUGCGGCAAAAACAGUGGGUAGAUUGUUGAGAAAAAAUCUAACUGUAGAACAUUGGACAAGAGUUCUUGAAAGUAAAGAAUGGGAAUCACAGACCAGUGAUCAUGAUAUCAUGCCCGCACUAAAGCUUAGCUAUGACUACCUCCCUUUUCACCUGCAGCAAUGCUUUUCCUCUUGUGCAUUAUUUCCGGAAGAUUACAAGUUUGACUGCGAGGAGCUAAUUCACUUCUGGAUAGGACUUGACAUUCUACGCCCAGAUAAAAGAAUCAAAAGAACUGAAGAGAUAGGGCUUAACAAUUUGAAUGACUUAGUUAAUUAUGGAUUUUUCAAAAAAGAAAUAGGUGAUUCCGGUACACACUAUGUUAUGCAUGAUCUGCUACAUGAUUUAGCAUUGAAGGUUUCCUCACAAGAAUGUCUACAUAUAGCUUUUUCUAUUCCAAGAGAUGUAGAAAUUGCACCAUCUGUCUACCAUUUGUCCAUUAGUAUGAGUGAUUCUGCCGAUAGUAAGGAUGGAUUUGUGGAAGAAAAAUUUAGGAGAGUUUUGGAUAAAUUAAGGAACAUAUUGAAUUUUAAGAACCUGCGCACUUUGAUGUUGUUUGGAAACUAUGAUGCAAUGUUUCUUUGUAUAUUUGGUGCUUUAUUCAAAGAUACAAAAUCGUUGCGUGUUGUAUAUUUGUCAACAAUGUGCUACCCUGUGGAGUCUCUAUUGCACAACAUCUCAAAACUUGUCCAUCUUCGCUGCCUACGGGUUGCAUCAACGUAUAGUAUUCAAAAACAUUUACCAAGGAGUAUAUCAAGAUUUUAUCAUUUAAGGGUACUAGAUAUAAGUGGCUGGAAUGGUCCUCAUAGUCCGCUCGGAGAUAUUGCAAACCUUGUAAAAUUGCGUCAUUUUCUUCUCCCACCUUAUGCUUGUGAUGAUGAAUAUAGUGAAUUUCAUUCGAAUAUUUGUAAUGUGGGAAGACUGCAUAACUUACAAGAACUACGGAGUUUUGAAGUUAGAAGAGAAAGUAGUGGUUUUGAACUAAGGGAGCUGGGGAAACUAGAAGAGCUAGGAGGAUCACUUGCCAUCCAUAGUCUUGAGAAAGCAUUAGCAAAUGGGGCACAUGACGCAAAACUAUCAUACAAAAACCGCUUGCACAAAUUAACACUCAGUUGGAAGAAAGGCCAACCUAAUGUGAGUCCUGACUUAGAAGAUCAAGUACUGGAAAGUCUACGGCCACAUAGCAAUCUUCAUGAUCUAUGCAUUGAUGGGCAUGGGGGCCCUACUUGCCCUACAUGGCUGGGUACAAAUCUGUCCACCAAAGGUCUGGAGGCUCUCCGCCUAAAGCACACAGAUUGGGAAUUCCUUCCACCCCUUGGAGAACUAUAUCUGAUUCGUGAGUCUGGAGAAGAGUAUUUAGGUUGCAUCAGAGGCACAUGCUUUCGUAACUUGAAAAGGGUAGAACUCAUUGGGUUGCCAAGAUUUAGUAGAUGGGCAGCAAAUGAUGUUUGCCCUUGGUACUUUUCACUUAUAGAAGUACUCGUUGUGAAGGAUUGCCCUGAACUAACCGAGUUACCAUUUUCAUCUUAUACCAGCUGCUGCCCGCUGGAAAGUGAUUCGAAUGUGACCUGUUGUCGCUGCCUCCUAUUCCUUAUAGUCACACUUUGUGCUCUGUUAUAG